AUGAAACUUAAAGGGCAGAUACCAAGGGACCUGUUACGUUUGAUAAGAAGCUCCAAAUAUGUUCAUGUAGCGACAUGCUCAUUGGAUUAUAUACCAUCAGUUUCAUUAAUGCAUUAUAUUUUCGUUUCAUCCACAGAGAGCUUCCACAAGCAUGAGCACAAUAAUAGUACUGAUAAUAAUGACUAUAUUAUAUUCACAGUGUUCGAAAAGUCUGUAACUUAUAGUAAUGUUGCAGGCAAUCCAAACGUUGCAUUAUUAUUCCACGAUUGGAUCACUGCUAAAAAUUUGACUCUUCGAAAAAAAAGUGUACAUGAGGACGGUUGUCCAUCUUUUCAGUCAGAAUCUACAAAAUUAAAUGAUUUUUUGCGAGAUUUGAAUCAGAGUGAAUUGAAUCAGGUGAGCGCUACCGUUAAUGGUAUUGCCGAUAUUGUCAAUCCAGAAAGUGAAGAAUCUACGUAUUAUAGGCGGUUAUUGCUAACAGCGAAUCCAGACGCAGAUAUUUUCAUACUAGGAGAAGAUACAGCCAUAAUAAAGGUUAGGAUUCAAAAAAUCAAAGUCUCUGAUAUGAAAAAUAAUACUUCUAUUUAUGGUCAAACAAUGACGCAACCGGUUUAA